UCGAAAAUUAAAUUGUGAAGCAAGGAUUAUCUAAAUCAGGAUGAAGAUGAAAAUGUUGCUGUACUAGAGAAAACAAAGAAUUUGCAGCAACGCAUAGCUUUUACGGAAGGAUGGUUUCUUGACAUAUCGUAAAAUCGAUGCGAGGAUGAAGUUCUUCGUUUAUCAUCAAAUCAAAUCGUGAAGAUAUACGUAUGAAUAUGUAAAUCGUAUUUGCGUCAAACUUACACGGAUACAUACACACAAUCAUUCUCCCGCUGAAAAUCGUUCAAUUUCCGCGAUGACGUCCAUGCUAUCCGGGGAAGAAAGCAACGCGGUGAGGAUGAAGCAAAAGUUAAUGAGGAACGCGCCUGCCAAAGAGGAGACGAGGUCAUUCCUGAACUUUUCGCGGGAGAACUUGAGCAUCUCGCACUCCGACCUCGAACAAGGGUUCAACCGAUCGCGGCUCGUAAGACCGAGCAGAAACACGAUUUUGAGCGUAGCCGCCCUUAUGGCCGCUGUUCUCUGCCUCGGCCUUCAGAGUUGGAAGCUGUUGUCGAACACUCGCGAAAUUGAACAGUUGAGAAGAGACGUCGAUAUCCUGAAGCAUCGGUUUCUGGAGCAGGACCUUAUGGACGAGCUAAAGGCCUUCGAGGAACAGUUGUAUGCUGAAGAGUCUACCGAGGAUAAUGAUCCAGGCGAGGCAGACAUUGAUAACGCCGAUUACGACUCUAAUUACGAUGAUGAUGGUUCCGCAUCGCACGACUAUUCCGGCGACUACCAUACUCCCUUGACUUAUGGCGCCAGACCGUCCGAUUUUCUUGAUAUCACGACUACAUCGAUACCAAUACCUACGUCCCCGGAUCCCGGUGCCAAUGAGGACAUGGUUGAGUUGCUGGCAGCCUUACGCAAGGUGGAAGAGAAGCAUGGACAGGACUUCGAAAAGGACAUACGAGGAAAUCAUAAAAAUAUUGAACGAGAGAGUCUUAAAGGGGGACACAAAGGGCAAUUGAAUCAUGAGAAAAAGAUGAAAGACGUAAACAGUACCAGACACAAACCUGAUGUCGUCACCAGGGAAGCUAGAAAUUCAGAAUACACCAAAGAGAGUAUUAAAUCAAAGCGAUCGGUGAAUGACGGCUCGAUUGACGAUUUUGUGAGAGAUGAAACGAAUGGCAAACGACAUAAUACUAGGAGGAUUGUUGUAUCCAGAGCGCGUUCUUAUGCAAACGGUGAGAACAACACGAAUGACAAUUCUGGGACAGAUCCAACAGCACAUCCCCCAAAGAAGUAUCACGUCAAUGCGCUGGAGACGAUUCCUUCGGCGCGCCAUGAUUGGUCAAGCGAGGGGAUUACUCAACCUGACAGAUAUGAAAAUGAAAACACGGAAACUAUAAACGACAGAAGGAUCAGCUGGCGAAAUCGCGAUAUCUCAAAAAAUAAAACUGAGAUUCGACAAGCCGUUCAGAAUCACGAAGUGGCUGCAAGGGAAAAUCAUCGGAGAUUGACUCGAAGGCAUUUGCGUGCACCACGGCAGGUUUACGCUAUCCAUUAUGGGGCGGACAGCAGUCUCUUCUCAUCGCGGGACGAGCACACCGGUAACGGCAGGGUACGACACCACGACGGCGUUUUCAGGGCAUGGCAGCCGAGUGAGUGGGUUGCCGAUCUUGGCAUGAGCAGGCACUUCACACUUGCUAACGAUGGCAAACUUACCGUUCAUGAACCAGGAUUGUAUCUCGUGUACGCACAGAUCCACUAUCUAGACGGACACGACGAGACUGGCUUUCGCAUACUGGUGAAUGGCAAACAUUUAUUGCAGUGCAUGAUGUAUAGCCCAGGUGUGGAUCACAAAAGCCGUUCAUGUUUCUCAGCCCAAGUAACCUUUCUUCAAACAGGCGAUCACCUAGUCUUAAAGGAUAUUGGAUCAGCGAGAUUCACUCUUUUCCAUUAUGAUAAAAGUUUCUUUGGUUUAGUGAAAGUUGGCGAAUCGAGACAGCAACAAAGACAUCCACCAACACAUCAGUAAUUUUAAAAGCUGUAGAAUUAUCAGCGCUGAAAAGUGAUAUGCGAUUUAUUACAGUCAUCGACUUUCCCUAUUUUUAAAAGUUAGCUGUAAAUUCGCAUAAUUUGUACCUAAUGUAAUAUAUAUCUAAUACACUUUUAAUUUGUAUA